AUCACGUGGACCCGAGUCACAUGGCCAAGGGAGGAAAAAGGGGGUCCUUUUUGGUGUAAAUCUGGAGUCUAAUUCCGUAAUAUAUCACGGUACCUCGUAAAACCGACACUAAAACGUCCCGGCCUACAAAUCACCCGGCCAGAUUAUGAGUUCAUUGUAUUAUGCGAAUGCUUUAUUUUCUAAAUAUCAGGCCGCAAAUUCGGUUUUCCCCUCCGGAGUGUUUCCUGAGCAAACUUCUUGCGCAUUCGCUUCCAAUGCCCAGCGCAACGGGUAUGGCUCGAGUUCCACGGCCUCUUUCGCUGCUUCCAUGCCUGGUCUGUACCCCAACGGGGGAGGCAUGCACCCCCAAGCAGCCGGCAUGUAUUCCAGCAGCUACGGGCUGGAAGCCGCCUCUUUCAACAUGCACUGUUCCCCUUUCGAGCAAAACCUCUCCAUGAUGUGUCCGGGAGACGCGUCCAAGUCCAACUGCAACAAAAGCGACCAGAGAGACGCGGACUUGCGGCACGAAAACAACUUACGGAUAUAUCCUUGGAUGAGAAGCACAGGGACUGACCGGAAGAGAGGACGCCAGACCUACACCAGGUAUCAGACGCUGGAGCUGGAGAAGGAAUUCCACUACAACCGUUACUUGACCAGAAGGCGACGCAUCGAGAUAGCCCACGCUUUAUGUCUUACAGAAAGACAGAUCAAAAUCUGGUUCCAGAACAGGCGCAUGAAGUGGAAAAAGGAAAACAAACCCGCAGGCCCCGGAUCAAACGUCCCAGAAAAACCAGAUGCUGAAGAAGAUGAAGAAGAGUGAAGGGAGAAGAAGGCGGGGGAGAGGGAAGAGAGUGAGAGUGAAAGAAAGAGAGAAAGAGAGAAAGAGAGAGAGAGAGAGAUGUUGGUGAGAAGAAGCUUCGGCAAAAACUGAACUGUACUGUCCAGAAAAAUAAAAGGAAGAAACGGAAUUUUUAAAAAGUGAACCAAUAAAGACUGUACAUUGAACAAGAAAUCAAAACAUCUAAGCAAAACUGAAAACAUAAAAAAAUGGUUUAUUCUGUUUCUCGACACUUGGAAAACUACCUAUAUUAACAUUUCUCUGCUUUGUUUUUUGUACAACAAAAAUGAAUAAUAAAUCUACCUAUUAAAUGUCUCUUUAGAAGCAAAUAUAGAUAAUGUUUUGAUCCCCUGUGUGGGUAUUCAUAUAGUCCCAAGUAUUUGUAAAUCUUCCUGUUUAAAGAAAAGGGAGGGUCUUUUUCCGCCUUCCCUAAUGUAACUUUUUUUUAAUUAAGAAAAUGGUAUAUGAAGUGAAAAUGUGGACGUGGUUAGCACUUUUUCUUAGAAAAAUGUAUGAAGGGAACACAACGCUUAACAUUAAGACGACUGUUGUACAUAAUUCUAAGAGAUUUCCCCCAUUCUAUUCUCCCCUCUCCUCUUCGUAGAUUCGUGCCUCUACGUCUGGUUACCGGUGCUGUAUUUUUAUUUUCCUUUUAUUUCCCUUUUGCUUGUUUAUUUUUUUAUUUUAUUUUUUGGUUGGUGUAUAUUUUUACAUGUUGGACAAUGGACCACUUCCUUAUUGCCGUUACUAGAGGAUCCGAAAAUUAAUAUUGUGCUGAGUAAAACUGAUGUAUAUGAUAGAUAGCAAAUAAUUUAAUAGUUGGCCAAGCCUUUUUAUUCGUAUUAUGUGAUUACUAUGCGUAGAGAGAGGGAAAAAGAAUCAUUAAAAAAGAAAAUAACCUUA